AUGGGCUCCACUCAACCUGAAUUCAAGAACCCGGCCACCACCAGCUUGCUGGAGCUGGUCAAGUCCCGCCGCACCUACUACGGCCUCAAGGCGGAGAGCCCCAUCGCCGACGAUGCCAUUGAGCAGAUUGUUCGCGACUCGGUUCUCCAUGUGCCCAGCUCUUUCAACACUCAGACCUCUCGUGUUGUCCUCCUCCUGAAGGAAGAGCACCAGAAGGUGUGGGACAUUGCCAUCAACGCCAUGGAGGGUCUCGUUGCCGCCGGUGUCGUCCCCAAAGAUCAAUUCGAGAGCUCUACCAAGCCUAAGCUGAACGCUUUCCGCGCUGCCUACGGAACUGUUCUCUUCUUCGUUGACUUCGAGUCUCUCGCUCCCAUCAAGGAGAAGUUCGCCAUCUAUGCCGACAAGUUCGAUCCCUUUGCCGCUGAGUCCAAUGCCAUGUCUCAGUACCUCGUCUGGGUUGCUCUCCAGUCCGAAGGCUUCGGUGCCAACCUCCAGCACUACAGCCCUCUGAUCGAUGAGCAGAUUGCCAAGACCUGGAACAUCCCUGCCUCAUGGAAGUUGGAUGCUCAGCUGGUCUUCGGUACUCCCACUUCUGAGCCCGGUGAGAAGGCUUUCGCUCCCAUCGAGGACCGCUUCAAGGUCUUCGGUAAAUAA